GGAGAGAGUCCUUCCAUUUUUCUGCGUCAACUUCAAGAAAUAUACUAAAUAGCGAAUAAGCAAGCUUGACCUUUAGUGACAGUCUUGAUGCCAAUUCUUUUAAUUUAUCAAAUUUUAUGAAUCCCUGUCUCUCACUCUCUCUGUUUGUUUUGGCUUCAAAAAGCUGCAAUUGUAAAAUUUACCCACACCUCAGAAAGGAGCUUGAACAGAGAAAACAAUGAGGCGCCAUGGCUGGCAACGCCCUCUCCACCCUUUACAGAUUGUGGGAAUGGCAGUUUACAUUUUCCUUGUUGUGGCCUUUUAUACAUUUCUUGGGCUCUUUCUUGGGAACAGAAUUGCUGAAAUUACAGUCACCACAAUAUUUUCUUUCGUGGCACUUUCAGUGAUGUUCCUAUUCAUUAGGUGCACUGCUACUGACCCGACUGAUAAAACCAGCUUUAGAAAGAAGAGAACAUCUAAAUCCAGUGGGAUUUCAAAGUUUAAUUAUGGGUUCAUCUUGAGUCAAAUAGUUGUGAGGUUUUUCAGAAGGCUGGAGAGGAAGAUCCUGAGAACUUUUAUAAGGAGAAAGUACCUAGAUCCAUUGAAGACUAGUGCUCAAAUGGAGCCAUUGCUCCCAUUUCCCCUUGUCCUCAAAGAUGACUCAAUUGCACCUGACCCUAAAGAUGAUGAGAUCUCUUAUUGCUCACUAUGUGAUUUUGAGGUGAAGAAGCACAGCAAACACUGUAGAACCUGCAACAGGUGUGUUGAAGGGUUUGACCACCAUUGUAGGUGGCUCAACAACUGUGUUGGCAAAAAGAACUACACAACAUUCAUUCUUCUAAUGAUAUCUGUCUUGUUAAUGUUAAUCAUAGAAGGAGGAACCGCAAUUGCCAUAUUCAUCAGGUGUUUUGCAGAUAAGAAAGGGAUAGAAAAGGAACUGCAGAGGAAGCUAUAUGUGGAGUUCCCAAGAUGGAUUCUUGCUACAAUAUCAGUUUUGUUGGUUCUAAUGACAGCUUAUAGUUCAGCAGCCAUGGGACAACUUUUCUUCUUUCAUGUUGUUCUCAUACGCAAGGGAAUGAGAACGUAUGACUAUAUCCUGGCUAUGAAAGAGGAAACCCAAGCGAUGGAAUUAGAUCCUUUUGAUGAUUCAGAUUUCUCCUCAGACUCUGAUUUUGACUCACCUGAAAAGCCCACAUUUGUAUCACGAUUUAUUUGCAGAGGACGCAGAGGAAAUCAGAACCCAACACGGCUUUCUAUUAGGAUUGAUAGGGAUCCUGAGCCUUCCACUAUAAACAAGAAACAAGGCUUCCAUGUAAGUAUCAAUCCGUGGAAACUGAUAACCCUAAGCCGAGAGAAAGCGCUACUAGCAGCUGAGAAGGCCAGAGAAAGGAUCAUGAAACAGAAGCCACCGGUGCAACAAGAUUCGUUAAAGCCACUACCCUUGGAGACAAAAAAUGGACCUCUGAUGAACCCAGACAAGAAUAUGACAGAUAUGGGAUCUGGUUCAACCCCUCUUAUAACGAAAGGAUCACCAGGAAGGUUUUCAAGUCCAAGAAGGCGAUUUUCUGGUUCUCCAGCUAUGUUUUCAGGCGUUGUUCCAUCACCAAAACAGAAGUAUAGAAGCAGUUUUGACUUGAAGUUGACAGAGGUUUCCAAGGAGCUUGAAACCUACAUUUCUAGGCAAGUUUUAUGUUCUGUCAUUAAGAAUGAUGCAUGUGAGGCAUCUCCUAGAUAAAUACUAUGUUUGAAUUUUUGAUAUCUCAACCUUUGAGAGAAAUUCAUUGAUUGUGUGUAUUUUAGCCAAGUUUAUUUCCAUCAUUAAGAAUGAUGCAUGUGAGGCAUCUCCUAGAUAAAUACUAUGUUUGAAUUUUUGAUAUCUCAACCUUUGAGAGAAAUUCAUUGAUUGUGUGUAUUUUAGCCAAGUUUAUUUCCAUCUCUUAUAUAAACCAAUACUUGUAUGUUAA